AUGAAGAAGGUGAGUGAACUCAGUACCCUUUGUGGUAUUGAUAUAUGUCCCAUUAUAUAUAGCCCUUAUGAGUCUCAGCCCGACGUUUGGCCAGACAAUCGUGGCGUCCAUCGCGUGUUGGUGCAGUUCAAGAGGAUGCCAGAGAUGGAGCGAAGUAAGAAAAUGGUGAAUCAAGAGAGUUUCAUCAGGCAAAGAAUCGUCAAAGUUAGUGAGCAGCUUAAGAAGCGUCAUAAGGAGAAUAGAGAAAAGGAAAUUACUCAGGUUAUGUACCAAUGUUUGAUGGGCAAUGGGCUGCAGAAUUUGAUUAUGCUAGAUUCGAAUGAUCUCGGGUGGUUGCUGGAUCAGGACUUGAAGGAUAUUAACAAGAGAAUUGAUGAGCUCAAAAAAACUACUGCUCCACCUCCUCCUCCACAGCAGGUUGCGCCGCCACCGCCACAGGUUCCAACAGGUAAUUUGUAUAUGCAAGAGCAGAAACCGGCAGUGGAUUUAACAAUGGAUGCAAUGCAAAGGCCACAUUGGUUCACAGAUAGGAUGAACAAUCCCAGUGAUCAUCGGCAAGUGAAUUCUUUUGGGCAUGGAGAUGAAAUGAUGCUGCCAUUUUGUGAGAAUAAUCACAAUACAAUGUGGUCUAAUGCCUUCUUCCCUUGAUGAUCAUCUUCUGGA